GACAUCUCCCACUUGCUGGCUAGGACCUUUGAGGACCUGUACACUAGAGAUGUUUUUGGGGUGGACAUGGAGAGAAACUGGAUCAAGUCCCGAGGAGGAGACAAUGUUUAUCAUGAAACUUUUACGGAGGAGCUACAGAAGCUUCUUGCUGAAUAUAAGUGCCGACUGACAGAAGCUGACAUAGUAGAAGAGAACAUCAUUCAGGCCCAGGUUCGAGCAAAAGCUGAAGAAGAACGGGCCUUAAACAUGCUGAAAGCAGAUGCGGGGGAAGAUUUCCACAAAAUGGGAUUGCCACCAGUGGCAUCCUCUUUUAGGUGGAUUGUGGAUAAUGAACUUCUCAGAAAAAAUCAUUUAACCUGCCCUGAUGAUUACAUCACUGAUAAAGUACCUGUUACGAGAGCACCGAAAGGAAAAUCGGAACCUGGCUACAUGAGAGAGACAUUUAGUUUUAAACAGCAUGUUUCUUCAGGCUCGCAGGACCAGAUGCCUGCAGGGAUUGCACACCUACAGAAAAUAUCUGGUAGUCUGCCAAAUGUGUCUUUAUGCACAUUAACUCUGCCUUCAACUCCAGACUCUAGCCACCAGACUAAAAAGACAAGUAAGAAAACUAAUGCCUCACAGAAGCUAGCCUGGAAAGAUACUAAGUGCAAAGCAGAGGGAGAAGGUGAGCGUGCUUACCUUGCAAGACUUGAGAAAAGACAGAAUUACUUGAAGAACCCCCGCUUUUUCCCACCAAAUGCUCUUCAUGGAGGCAAAUCUCUUGUCAUUUCUCAAGAAAAGGUGGAACAAAGCAUAGCCAGAAGAAAAGCAGAAGAUAAUAAAGGUGAUACCUCAUUUGUUCCUGUGUUUCUUGCCAAUCCACCUACUGUUUUGUUUUCCGAUUAUGAAGUUGGCCAGGUUUAUGAGAUGACUAUAGAGCUGCAGAACAUCACUUCAACAUGUCAUCGUGUAAGACUUAUCCCCCCCUCUACUUCAGCAUUUGCCAUUGGGCCGGGAAAAUUUCCAGGAAAGGGAGGAAUCAUUGCUCCUGGGAUGACAUGCCAGUAUACGGUCCAGUUUAUUCCUGAAUAUGUAGGAGAUUAUGAGGAUUGUAUAUUAGUGGAGACUCAAGUAUCAGAACCUCUUCUGAUCCCGAUCCAGGCUAAAAGAUCACCUCCAGUGCUAACAUUGCCUCACAUAAUAGACUGUGGUUCCUGCCUUGUUGGAGGAAUAAAAGUAACAAUGGUUUUGUGCAGAAAUGAGGGAUUUAGGACUGGGAAGUUCUGUAUAAUACCGAAGAAAGCCUGGCCACCUCCUAAUUUCAGG